AUGCCAUUCGGAGAAAUUGUCUGUGGCUCUCCAGGGUCUGGAAAAUCAACAUACUGCUACGGAAAGCACCAAUUGUUCACUGCUCUCAGCCGACCAAUAUCUAUUGUCAAUCUCGACCCAGCCAAUGACAAUAUUCCAUACCCAUGCGCAAUCGAUAUCUCCUCCCUCAUUACUCUGCGGGAUGUGAUGAAUGAAUAUCAACUGGGCCCCAACGGUGGCAUGCUCUAUUGUAUGGAAUAUCUCGAAGCCAACUAUGACUGGCUAGAGGACCGACUGAAGGAGCUUGGAAAAGAUGCUUAUGUGCUUUUCGACCUCCCAGGUCAGGUAGAGUUGAGUACGAAUCACGAGAGCGUGAAGAGAAUUAUAGAAUGGCUGACCAAGGGUGGGUUUCGGUUGGCGGCCAUUCACCUAUGUGACGCUCACUAUAUAACGGACGCAUCGAAAUACGUUUCGGUCCUCCUUCUAUCUUUGCGUGCGAUGCUUCAUCUCGAACUCCCGCACGUGAAUGUGCUUUCGAAAAUUGAUUUGAUAUCCCAAUACGGUGAUCUGGGUGAGUCAUGCUGCGAACCCGGAUUGCUUGCUUAUGCUAGUGAAGAUUUCAAUCUGUCAUUUUACACUGAGGUGCAAGACCUCUCGUAUCUAUCCAAUGCGCUAGAGGCUUCAUCUCCCCGACGCUAUGCAGCACUCAACAUGGCCCUCGUAUCACUGAUUGAAGACUAUAAUCUCGUCGGUUUUGAGACCUUAGCUGUAGAGGACAAGACGUCUAUGACGCACCUCUCGCGCACCAUUGACCGCGUUACCGGGUAUGUUUUUGUGCCCCCGGUUGACUCGCCAAUGCCUCCCGAUGUCGUCCCAGACCAACAUGGUCUCCCGUCGUCUACUCGACCGAACACAUAUGCCCUCUUCUCGAGUGCUAUAAACUCAGCUGGUGGGUACGAUGUGAAGGAUGUUCAGGAGCGAUGGAUCGAUGCCAAAGAAGAGUGGGACGAAUGGGAGAGGGCCAUGUGGAAGAAAGAAGGCGAGGCAGCGAGGGCCACGAAUCCAGCGACAGGUACCAAGCUUAGAACACGAGCACAAGCCAGGGAGGCAUCAUCCAAGAUUAAAGUUGAAAACAUCGACGAGUCAUCGAGCGAACUUGAAGAUACCGAUGAUAUUGAGUGUCAUGUAAAUGCCUUGAAGCGAAGUCUCGAGAAGUACCGUAGAAAACUGAAGAAGCUGGUACGAAUGAACCAGGAUUUGCAGGGCCAGGUCGAACGACUACAAUCUUGCGUGAAUGGACAACCGAAGAAACCACGCGGCCGUUUCACAGGAUUGGAUUCUCAAAUUAAGCAGUUGGAGGAAAAACAUGCUCGCAAGGGACGUAGGAAGGACAAGCAAAAGAUCUCUGCGCUUAGGGCACGGGAAGCAAAGGCUGAAGCCAAAGAUCUCCUCAAUGAUUCGGACAGCGGAAGCAGAUCUGGUGAUUCCCCUCACAAAAUGAGAAAACUUUUAAGGAGACACAAUGAUAUCAUGCUGGUUACCCCCCUCCCUACCGAUGCAGAAGGUAAAGCCGAGGAUUGCCCUAUCUGCAUGGAGGUAUUUGUCGCGAACAAAUGUUCUAGGCGCGUCGAUUCAUGCCUCGACGUUUUACUUCUGCUAAGUGCUGAGUUUAGUCUACCCUGUGAACAUGUCAUCUGUAAUGCCUGCUUGCCAGGGAUCUCAAAGGGUGUAGAUGAAACCCUUCAAUGUCCGCAAUGUCGACGCGUUUGCCCGCGAGACGAUGUCGAAAUCGUUUAUAUGACAGAGACCGAACGAUGGGAUCGACUCCUAGAAGUUGCACAGGCAUGGGGUGCUAUGGACAAGUGUGGGGAAGAAGAAACGAGUGAGGAGGAAGCACAAGAAGACUUCAUCAACGAUAGAACAAGUUCUGUGUCGUCACCCUUAAACGAUGCGAAUACAACAGAAGAAGAAGAUGAUAUGAUCAGUAAGAAUGGUGAACACUCGGACGAAGGUGCAAACCCGUCAUCUUACGCUCAAUCCCCGUUGAAGGUCAAAAGAGAGCGACUGGCGCACCUGGCUGAAGAACGCCGCAAGAAAAGGCGGCUGUCUUGA